AUGAGACCUAUAUUACUUCAAGGCCAUGAACGGUCUUUGACGCAAAUAAAAUACACCAGAGACGGCGACAUCCUCUUCUCAUGUGCUAAAGAUCAAAUCAUAUGCGCCUGGUUCUCUGCGAACGGUGAGCGCCUCGGCACCUAUCAUGGUCAUCAAGGUGCCCUUUGGACGAUCGAUGUCGACCCCACAACAACCCUCCUUGCUUCAGGCGCUGCAGACAACACAGUCCGACUUUGGGACAUACGGACAGGCAAAUGCGUCAAAGUCUGGGACUUCAACACCGCGGUGAAGAGGGUAGAAUUCAACGAGGAUGGGACGAAGCUGCUGGCGGUGACAGAGAAGCGUAUGGGCUACUUAGGCACUAUCGUGGUCCUGGACAUCAUUCAAGACGUGAAUGCAGAGCAGAGUGACGAAAAAGCCCUUACGAUCACUUGCGAGGAGAGUAAAGCCACGGUCGCGGCGUGGAGCUAUCUCUCCAAGUACAUCAUUGCCGGGCAUGAAGAUGGCACAGUAUCGCAGUAUGAUGCAAAGAACGGCGAACUCCUCGACAACUUCGCAGCCCACACCCCCGACUCCACCAUUCAGGACCUCCAAAUGUCGCCCGACAGGACCUACUUCAUCACAGCUGGCAAAGACAAAACCGCCAAACUUAUCUCCUCCCGUGAUCUUUCCCCACUCAAAGCAUACACCAGCGACACUUCCCUCAAUUCUGCUGCCUUGACUCCCAAGAAACCAUUCGUGAUUCUAGGCGGCGGGCAAGCGGCUAUGGACGUUACCACCACAAGCUCACGGCAGGGCAAGUUCGAGGCUAGAUUCUAUCACAAGAUUUUCGAAGACGAGAUUGGGAGGGUGAAAGGGCAUUUUGGGCCGCUGAAUACCGUGGCGGUGGAUCCGCUGGGAAGAGGGUAUGCGAGUGGUGGAGAGGAUGGUUAUGUGAGGGUGCAUCAUUUCGAGGGGGCGUAUUGGGGAUUCCAGUAUGAGGUUGAAAGGGAAAAGGGAGAGGAGGGACAGGAUUUAUGA